AUGGCCAGUCGAUUCAAGCUUAACGACGAGAAUGGCCGUGUGGAGAUUGACUGCAAUGCGGAGGGAGUGCUCUUUGUUGUAGCGGAGAGUAGCUCUGUCGUUGAUGAUUUUGGCGAUUUUGUUCCCACUCCCAAUUUCAUUACUCUCAUCCCCACCGUUGAUUACUCCCUUGGAAUAUCCUCAUAUCCUAUUUUGGUGUUACAUCUCUUCUCUAAGAUAACCGAUUGCCUUAGCUCUGGAAUUCUUGAUGGGGUGAAUAUCCUGAUGAGUUGUGUAUCUCGGCUCUUAGAGGGAGCUGCCCUAUUUAUAUGCAUCACUCAAGGAGUCUUGCCCAUCAAGAGACUCCUUGAGUUUUCCUUAUUGCAAUAG